AAAUGCAGUAUUGAGUGAAUCAAACAUAUUGUCAAAAAUUGUUACAAUUAUUAUGUGGUUGUGAUUGAAGUGAUAGCUUAAGACAUAUGCAAAAACAUAUGUAUGACUACUAUAAGUGAUGUCUAACUUUCCAAUUAUACCGACAACUCCGCCGCCACUCGAUGUUAAUGACAGCACCACUGAUGACGAUCUGGACGUGCAUUCACUUCACGACAGCAGCUCUUCACCCGAACCCGAAAAUGUGACCACAUUUGAUGAUAAUCGUGUGAUCGAUAAUAAUAAAACAAAUGUGAUGACACCAUCAACUGAUCCACAAAGCAGUUGCAAUAAUAAUGAUAAUAAUAUUCAGGUGAAGGACACUGUUUUUAAUAAUAAUAUUACUGACGAUAGUAUUAAUACAAUUAUUUCCGAUAUUAAUAAUCUUAAUGUUGAAGACAUUGAUAGUAAUGAUAAUAGUUUGAAUAUACAGGAUCUUGAAUUAGAUCCUAUUGAUGAUAAUAACUUGAAAGAUAUAAAUGAUGACAAUAUCACCGAUAUUAGUCUAUUAAAUGAACCACAAAAUAUCGAGAAAUUAAAUGAUAAUUUGGAAAUUAAAGAAAAAAAAGAAGAAGUGGUCAAUGAAUUUAAAAGUAAUGAAUACGAAGACAAUGAAGAGUCAGAGUUUGCAGAUUUUGCUUCAUUUAAUGACAACAAUUGGCAACAAAAAACAGAUAACCAAAUUGCAAAUGAAGAUCAAUCGUUCAGCUUUUAUAAAAGUGAUAUAUCUUUUGAUGAAAGAGCUGACACUUCAAAUAUCGACUCAAAUAAUUUAAAUUUAAAGAGUAGUGAACUACAAAUAAGUGGUAACAACGUUACCAUUCAUAAUGACAGUGACGACGAGGAGUUUGCAGAUUUCGAGUCUUCCCAACCAGUCUUUCAAACUGAUAUACAAUCGACUUUCGAGCAAAAGAAUGACUUCAGUGAACAACAAACCCUUGAGUUUGCAGAUAAUGACGAAGAAUUUGCUGAUUUUACAUCUUUUCAAUCAAUUGGUUCAAAACAAGAAUCUUCAAUAUAUUGUGCACCAAAUGAUAUACCAAUUAUUGAUGAAAAUCAAGACAUUUCUAAGUUAUCCAAAUUAUUUGCUCAAAUGUUUUCUAUUGAAGAAUCUAAUGUCAGUUCAGAUGACAACUCUAUUGUUAUAUCAAAAGAUUUUUUUAAUAAUACUGAAGAAAAUAGUAAAACUUUAUGGAAACGACUACAAGAUUUAGAGAGCGCGCCAUCACUUAAGCACAGGUGGCCUAACUCUCAUUCAUUUCAUCUUCUUUUAGCUGCACUUAAUAUUGAUCCCCGAAAUAUCUUACGUAACUCAUCAGUGCCUAUGUUUGCAUCGGGUUUGGGAUAUGUCUUGGAGCCGACCAAACAUUUAGCGUAUAAUGAAUCAAACGAUGGCAUCGAAAAUGAUGUAAUUAAUACAGACUUAUCCACGACAUCUAUACCUCCCGUGCAAUUUGAUUGGAGUUCAAGUGGUUUAAAAAAUCCAUUGGAUGUCAAUGAACAGGCAAAAGGUGUUUUUGAUUUGGAUUUUUUUAUUACUAGUGAUGAUAUCAAUAAACCUAAUAACAGCAACAUAUUUUCAGAUUUUGAUAAUUUCUUAAAUGAUACGAAUGGUAACACUUGUGAUAUGGACUCGACUUCUUCUAAUGACUUACCGGUAAUUAAAACAAAUCUUAUGCAACAAAUCCUAACAUCUGUGGGCAACACAACGUCAACAGUUAAAUCAGAUACAAAUCAGGUGUUGAGUGCCGAAGCUCUACAAGUAUUGGAUGAGUUGCCGAAUCUGUCAUUUAUGAGAGCAAAAGUAUUAAUGUUUCCCAUAAUUAAUAACAAAACUUAAUCUACAAUUAAAUGAUACAUUUGUUAAGCAUUCCCUAAAAAUCUAGUCAAUGACAAUAUUUUUCUAUUGAAAACUAUGGUAUUUAUAUAUACAGUA